UUCCCGCCGCGCUGUGGGGCGGGGGGGCGCACCGAGCGCUCCGGGACAGGACAUUCUGGGACGCGGCAUCCCGGAACGGGGCGGAGCGGGACGGGACAGCCCGCGACGGGACACGCCGGGGCGGCGAGGCCAGGCCGGGCCCUGCAGCUGGCGGAGGCGCGGGGGCGGUGCUCCCGACGGCAGCCGGGACUUCCUGUGCCGGCCCAUUUCCUGGUCGGAUGGGGCCGGCGGGGGGCGGCGGCGGUGGGGUCGGUCCCUGUCCCUGACGGGCUCGGUGGCCGCCGGUGACGCCGCCAGGCAGCGAUGCGGGCCCCGGGCCCUGCCGGCAGCCGGCCCCCGCCGUGACCCGGUGGGGCUGCGCACGCCGGCCCCGCGGGGCGCAUGGAGGCACCCGCCGCCCUCUGCGAGGUGUGAGUCCCCGGCGGACAGCGCGGCUCGGCCCCGCCAGGCGAGCGGCCCCGGGCCCCCCUCAGCGGCCGCGGCAGGAGCCAGGAGGGGCUCGGGACCUGACAGCGGCAUCGCCCCCAUCGCCGGCAGCUGCCGCCUCCUGAGACAUGAAGAAGUUCUUCGACUCGCGCCGGGAGCAGGGCGGCUCCGGGCCCGGGUCGGGCACCAGCGGCGGCGGCGGCGGCAGCAGCGGCCCGGGCAGCGGCUACAUCGGCCGGGUCUUCAGCAUCGGCCGGCACCAGGUCACUGUGGACGAGGUGCUGGCGGAAGGUGGCUUUGCAAUCGUGUUCCUGGUGAGGACGAGCAAUGGGGUGAAGUGUGCCCUGAAAAGGAUGUACGUCAAUAACGAGUACGACCUGCAGGUCUGCAAGAGAGAGAUCCAGAUCAUGCGAGAUCUGUCUGGCCACAAGAACAUUGUGGGGUACAUCGACUCCAGUAUCAACUCCGUCAGUAGCGGGGACGUGUGGGAAGUGCUGAUCCUCAUGGACUUCUGCCGGGGGGGGCAGGUGGUGAACCUGAUGAACCAGCGCCUGCAGACCGGCUUCACCGAGAGCGAGGUCCUGCAGAUCUUCUGCGACACCUGCGAGGCCGUGGCCAGGCUGCACCAGUGCAAGACUCCCAUCAUCCACAGGGAUCUGAAGGUUGAAAACAUCCUGCUGCAUGACCGUGGCCACUACGUCCUGUGUGACUUUGGAAGUGCUACUAACAAAUUCCAGAACCCUCAGACAGAAGGGGUGAAUGCGGUCGAGGAGGAGAUCAAGAAGUACACGACGUUAUCCUACAGAGCACCAGAGAUGGUCAACCUAUACAGUGGCAAACUCAUCACUACAAAAGCAGACAUAUGGGCCCUGGGCUGUUUGCUGUACAAGCUGUGCUACUUCACCCUGCCCUUCGGGGAGAGCCAGGUGGCCAUUUGUGAUGGCAACUUCACCAUUCCAGACAAUUCCCGGCACUCCCAGGACAUGCACUGCCUCAUCCGGUAUAUGCUUGAGCCAGACCCCGAUAAGAGACCUGACAUUUAUCAGGUCUCCUACUUUGCAUUCAAACUGGCCAAGAAGGACUGCCCGGUGCAGAAUGUCCAGAACUCUCCAAUCCCUGCGAAACUCCCAGACCCAGUUAAAGCAAGUGAAGCUGCUGCAAAGAAGAGUCAGCCAAAGGCCAGGCUCACAGACCCCAUCCCUACGACAGAAACGUCCAUAGCACCCCGCCAGAGACCUAAAGCAGGACAGACCCAGCCCAACCCUGGAAUUCUGCCCAUCCAGCCAGCCCUGACGCCCAGGAAGAGAGCCACAGCCCAGGCAGCCAUUCAGCCACAGGGCCCGGCUGCCCUGGGCAGUGCCCAGCCCUCGCUCCCUGCCAGCACCCCCCAGCCAAAAGCAGCCCCCCAGCAGCCUCCAGCCCAGCCCCCGGCCAAACCAGCAGCAGCGCCCCAGGCACAGCCCCAGGUCCCCUCAACACAGCCCCAGGCCACCCCUCAGCAUCAGCAGCAGCUUUUCCUGAAGCAGCAGCUCCUGCAGCAGCAGCAGCAGCAGCAGCAGCAGCAGCAGCAGGCUGCCUACUUCCAGCAGCAGCAGCAGCAGAUGAUGCAGGCACAGCAGGUUCAAACCUCUCACCCGGCGGUUGUUUCCCAGUUCCCAGUGAUGCAGCAAGGAGCACCCGCGCAGCAGCAGCUGAUGCAGAACUACUACCAGCAGCAGCAGCAGCUGAUGGCCCAGCAGGCAGCCAUGCAGCAGAAGACCACAGCAGCAGCAGCUCAGCAGAAGCAGCAGCCGCCGGCGCAGCCCCAGGCCCAGCCCAGCGCGGCCGCACCGGCGCAGCCGCAGGAGCAGGGGGCACAGGCGAGGCAGCAGCAGCAGAAGGCUCAGGGCACGGCCCCCGCGCAGGGGCAGAAGCUGGGCUCGCUCACCCCGCCGUCCUCGCCCAAGGCGCAGCGCGCGGGGCACCGCCGCAUCCUCAGCGACGUCACCCACAGCGCCGUGUUCGGGGUGCCCGCCAGCAAAUCCACCCAGCUGCUGCAGGCCGCGGCCGCCGAGGCCAGCCUCAACAAGUCCAAAUCUGCUUCCACCACGCCCUCGGGCUCGCCAAGGACCUCUCAGCAGAAUGUCUACAACCCCCCCGACGUGUCCACGUGGAACCCCUUUGACGAUGACAACUUCUCCAAGCUCACAGCUGAGGAGCUGCUGAACAAGGACUUUGCAAAGCUGGGGGACGGGAAAGCUCCAGAAAAGGCAGGCAGUUCCACAGAGAACUUGAUCCCGGGUUUCCAGCCGGCUGCGCCCGCAGCCCAGGCGGACGCGUUUGGUGGCUCUUCCUUCACUGCUGGGCCAGCUGAAAAAACGAAAGACAUUCUGAGUUUGGACUCUAGCCCUCCUCUUCUGACUGUGCCUGAUCCUUUCAUUCCUCUCCCGUUAUCCGACACGCCAGAAAAACUGAUUGAGGGACUCAAAUCUCCUGAGCCUGCGCUCCUGCUCCCCGACCUCCUGCCUGUCGCUGACCCCUUCGGUAGCACGUCAGACGCUGUCAAUGGAAAACCUGACGUAGCUGUGGAGAGCCUCAUCCCAGGGCUCGAGGCCCCGCUGCCGCAGCGCCUCGUAUCCCAGAGCGAGUCGGUGGCCUCCAACAGAACAGACUCUCUCACUGGGGAAGACUCUCUGCUUGACUGUUCUCUGCUCUCUAACCCUGCUGCUGACCUCCUGGAUGAGUUUGCUCCCGUAGCUUUUGCAGCUCAGCCUCACAAAGAAGAUACUAACCUGAUAUCAGGCUUUGAUGCUCCUGAGGGCUCUGAAAAAGUGACAGAAGAUGAGUUUGACCCAAUUCCAGUGUUGAUAUCCAAAAAUUCACAAGGUGGGCAUUCUAGAAACAACAGUGGAAGCUCUGAGUCCAGUCUUCCCAACAUAGCCAGGUCUUUGCUGCUGGUGGAUCAGCUCAUAGACCUGUAGCAGUGACACAGUAGCAGACGCAGUUUCUGUAACGUACCCAAACCUCCGGUUUCGUUGCCAGAAGAGUUUCCUUCCGUUGUGCUUCUUUGGGGCUUUGCUUUGUUUUUUGGUUUUUUUUCUUAAUUAAGAGAAAAGUCUGCCAACAGGAGACAGUCACCCACCUCUCUCCCUGUCUUCCCGUGCCCUGGGGCAGAUUCUGGCUCAGUUCUCCAGGUAGCCUGUUCUCUCUAAAGCUGGUAAAGCCCUGGGGGGGUUCCCUCUGCACUGUCCCAUGGUCGUGUCCAGGGGAGCACCGUGGGGAGCCCUCCUGUCCCUGCUCAGGGAGCUGUGGCUGCUCUGUGACCCUGCACCAGCCUCCUCUCCCCGGAGCAGGGCGUGAACAGCGCGUCCCAAUCUUUGCUUGGUGCUUUUGGCUGUGGUUUUGGUUCUGUUCCCUUUCCCCAGGGCUGGGCAGGAGCAGGGGCCAGGUGACAGUGGUAGGGACAUCCCUCAGCUGCAGGACACGGGGUAGGAGAGCUGGUGGCUCUGAAUUGCUUCAGAGGAGGAGGAAGCCCCGAGUUCCUCUGGAGCAGUCCGGCCAUACUCUGGUGAUGGUGCACAUGAAGAAUUUUCCAGCUGCCCCCAGCUCGUGGUUUGCUGUAACAAUCCUGCUGGGACAAACUGCACUUCCUGGGGGAGGGAAAACCAGAGAAAAGGAAAAAUAGAGAAAAGAAAAAAGAAAAAACCAGAUUGUUAAAGCUGCAGAAAUGACCCUAAGUGAAACGUAACGAGGUUUUGAACCAAAUCCAUGUGAGUAUGGCUGUGACUAGUGUUUCACUGACCUUUUUUUGGGUGAAAAGGGCGCUGUGGCAGCAGCAGAUGUAUUUUCUGUGACUUCUUUUCUGUGUUUGACUGGAAAAAAAGAAAAUCCCCUCAGCCUACUGUAAAUUGUGUAUGAAACAAAUUGUCCUACGGUUGUUUGUCUAUUUUUAAUCCUGGUUUUAGUCAAGCAUCUGGUAUCUGUUCUGAGUUCUCCAUUUUCUCUCGUAACUGCUAUAGUGCACCCCAGUUCAGUAUGGAGCCAUUGUUUCAGUAGACAAAGAUUCCUGUGGGCCUUUCUCCACCCCAGUCUCUGUGAACACGCAUGCACUUGGUUCAGGUCGUUUGAAAUCAGUGCUGCUACAACUCGAUGGGUUCUCCCUUUUCUUUCCCCCUUCACACGCUUGGUUUGUCGAUAGCUGGAUACGCUCAACUCGUUUUCCUUGGCUUAUCAUGAAGUCCGGAAUUUCUAUCUCGUAUUUGAAAGCCCUCUCUGAGCAGAAGGACUCUUCCUCUGUAGUGGAAUUCUCCCCAGCUUCCUGCUCCCUGUGUUUGUGUUUGUAGCUGUAUUAGUAACAGUGCAGUUCCCACGUGCGAAAGUGCGAGCGACUGAAUGUGUCUGUGCUGACCUCGCUGAGAAGGGAAGAACCCCAAGUUUGUGACUCCUCCUUUCCUCUCUCCAUCUCCUCCCCACCCCAACACUUAGUUUAACAAAUUCUGUACAUAGAACUCCCAUCGGUUGUGUCUCUACAUUACCCUUCUUUUAAAACCUACACUUAUUAAUAAAAGUAUUGCUUAAGUGUGUUGUAUCAUUACAUGUGUAUACUGCACUUUCCAAGAGAAGCUUUACAUGAGAACUAUGGAAAUGACCUUAGUAAAAUUGUGGAUAGAACUUUAUUAUUUUUUUGUUUUAUAUUCCUAAAGCACAGGCAAGCUGGACUGGAAAACAUGAAGACGCUAUAGAUAGAAAGUUAUUGUAUAGUCAGAUACUGAGAUUAUAUGAAAAGAGAAUGGAUUUUAAAAAGUAACCAUCUACUGUAUAUUAGAAACAAAGAUUUCUGUGAAUUAAAGUACUUUUAAAGAAUGUUUAAGAUUUUAAAUCUAAUGGCGCUUGUUCAAGGGUUCUGGAAAAAAUGACAAAUGCACUGGGUUGUUAAUAAUGCUAUUAAAUAAGCAGAUGUGAAUGUUUA